UUUAACCGCAUGAGAGUGUAUUGAGAUUGUUUGGGAGUAGCGUACGCGCGGGAAAAAAUAUUUAUUCUCAGACCAUUAAACCUCCUUCCCCGCAAAACCAGAUCGUGAGUGGCGGCGGUUAGGUCUCGAACUCCAUUCAAUUCACAUCACAGCCAUUUAGUUAGUUCUGUGGCAUUCGUAGAGGCAAAAAGGCGCGCUUUUGUGGUGUUCCAGUGCGAUUGGAUCACUCAUUGGAAUUUUCAAUUUUCUUUUCUCGGGUUUAUAUUUGGAAAUUCAGGUGUUGAGAAAAUGCCCCUUUUCAAUAAAUGCUGCUGCUGCAUUUCCCUCCCAACUGGGGGAGUAAUUUUGGGUGUUCUUGGUGUCAUUAGUUCCCUCUUUGCCAUCGUUUUACCCGUCUUUGGGCUCGUCUAUCUGGAUGUUUUAUUUGAUGCAGCCAAACAAGCCCGCGAGGACGCCGCCAGAGAUGCCGCCACGGGGAUUUUGGUGGGAAAUAUGACGGAAAAUUCGGAAUUUGACGGUGUUACGGAUGAGCAACUGGAUCUUGCUCGUUUGCUGCUCACGAUAAUAUUCAUCAUAAUGAUUAUCGUUAACAUUUUUGUCCUCAUCAGUGCCAUUCUUCUCAUCAUUGGAGCUAAAAGGAAACGAAGGGAAUUUAUUCUUCCAUACCUCAUUACGGAUGCCUUUGGAAUUGCCUUUACGCUCCUCUACUUCAUUAACAAUGCUGCAAAUGGUGUAAAUCUUGGCCAAACAAUCGUAUCAGCUAUUAUUUAUUUCUUUCUUGCUGGGUAUCUGUGGCUCUGUGUUUUCUCACUCUACCAAUGGAUUAAGGAGAGUAGUCGUCCAACUCCAACAGUCAGGCACCACUAUCCUGAGCAACAGGCUGUGUACUCCACAAUGGCUUGAUAAUUGCCCCAAAAUUGGCAGUUCUUGGAGCCAAACUCCGUCUGCUUUCUCUCUAUGCAUUCACUAAAGUGCCUAACCUCCUUUUAAUUAGUACUUAAGAAGCCUCAAAUGAUAUUAUUUGCAUUUUGAUGGGAAAUCUAUUUUUAGAAAUUAAUUUGUAAAAUCUUUUGAUUUCGUAUAAAUUUUAUUUUUAUGAAUUUACUAGAAUUUAUCGAAUUUACCACAAUUUACGUACUUAAAGUAUCUCUUAAUGGUGGAUUUAUCCAAGUAUUUUGUACAGGAGAAUACAUCACAGAAUUCACGUGAAAUAUAAGCCACAAUGUGUGACACAAUUUAUGUUUUUUUCUCCAUUUAUGUUUUUCCCCGAUUAGAAGCUUUUUGCAGGAAUUACUCCGAAUAAUUAACUUGCAACGCUUUUAUAGCUCUUGGAUGUACUUCAGUCAUCUAUUAGUGGGAUUGAUGAUAAUUUUAUCACGACGCGACGCCAGAUUAGAAGGGCUUUGGUAGUAAAAUGUGUGAAAACUAUAGAGGAGAUUUAUUUGAAUAAUCAGUAAUAGUUCAAAGUUCAAACUCAUCAAAAUCGUUUUUUAAAUGAUUUUGAGUUAUUUUAUUUUCUAAGAUUUUUUAGUAGGAUGGAAAAUUAAUUUUAUUAUUCUUUUUUAACUUCAAAAAAAAUUUGUUUAUUUUUCCCAUUUUUCCUGCCAUUAAAUGGUUAAAAAGAGUUUCUUUCAUAAUACAUUUUUUAGGACUUUAAAUCAUUUUCAUUUUUCUAAAGAUUUUAAAAAAAAAUUUUUUCUUGUUUUCUUGUGACGAAUUGCAGCUAAUUGUAAAGGAGUUUAUUCACUUUUAUGACCUCUUGACGUCAUCGGAAAAUACCUAAAAAAUCACACAAAACAAAGCAAUCUUAGUAUCAUUAAGAUUUAGCUGAAAAAAAUAGGAAAAACGUUUGCCAAAAAAUGUAAAAACAUUUUGUUUUAAAUUAAUUUGUCUCUUUAGAAGUAUGAAGCAUAUGCUUCAUUGAUCUUUUUAGCUGCAAUUCUUUGGAACUUUCUUUUUUUAAUUGUCUAUCAAUGUUCAAUGAUAAAAUAUUACAUCAUUCAAGGAGUAUUAACUGUGUGAAAGAGUAGACAAUAAUUAUGUUCAACAAAGGGCGUGAUUUAUGCUUCUUUUCCGCGAUUUUUCCCAAAAUGGCUGACUCCUUUUUCAACCUGAAGUUGCGCCUCCCAAUUGCAAAUAAAAAUUAAAAGAUUUUCAACACCUGGAGCCAUAUUUAUCACCUGAGAGAUGAACAAAUAAGGAAAAGUCCGUAUUUUACAAAUUAUAUUUUUAUUUUCAGACAAAAAAAGAGAAAUUUGAAAAGACAAAAUGGCCGUUAUGAGAAAAUGCUGCUUCUGCUGGGACCUUCGCAUUGGAGGGAUUGUUCUUGGGGUCUUCUCGGCAAUCUUCUCCCUGGCCAGCAUUGCUUACUGCACGUGGAUGAUUGUUGAGAUGGAAAUCCAGAACUGGCGUGGACGUCCUGUUGUGCAGAAUUACUACCAGAAGCGUCUUGAGGAUGAGAUAAUCCUCUACCGUCUCAUCUCGGAGAUCAUCCUCGGCAUUGGAAUCUUCGUUCACAUUGCCAUCUUCAUCUCCAGCAUCCUCCUCAUUUCAGGAGCUAAAAAGGAGAAACGCAACAGAAUCGUGCCAUACUUGAUCUUCCAGUGGUUUGGCAUUAUUGGUACGGCCCUCUAUUGCUUCUUCCAUGGCUCAACGUCCGUCAAGGAGGGUAGAUCACAGCAGGGAACCAUUACAAUCGUCGUGGGAUGCAUUUACAUUGUUUUUGCAUUUUACUUCUGGUUCUGCGUUUUGGCUCUGUACCAGACAAUCCGGGAUAAUCAGAGACACAAUCCUCGUGUUCCGCAGCAUCAACAGGAGCGACAUGCUGCCUAUUCUCCUGUAUAAAGCUUCCUUUUUUUUGUGAGGAGCUUUUCUUUUUUUAAAUGUCUGCCACUUUUGUAAUUCAGUACAAAGUUUUUAAUAAAAGGAAAGUAAAAGAAAAA